UACACACUCCAGCACCUAAGACUGUUUCAGACAAGCAAUUCAAAGCAUGUCCUCUCGAUCUAUAACCUUUGUGUCCCCUGGACCAAGCAAAGGGCUCAGCUACAAUGGGGUGAGAAUUCAGGGCACUCAGCUCUUCUCAAAACCCAAACUCCAGCUGGAGGAGGACAGAGAGUCUGGCAUCGGCUCCACGCUUGACCUCAGCAGCAGUUCUGAGGGCUACAACCACCAUACCAAUCACCACUCCAGCUCACUUUCACUCAGGGAGGAAGCCAGACUCCCAGGAGAGAAAGCAGAUAGCUCUCCACAGACCACGAGGAUCAAGCAGCUUCUUAUAAAUAUAUCCAAGAUCCCCCUCCUCUUCAUCCUCCUCUUCCUCUUUGUUUGCUCUUUGGACACCCUGAGUUCGGCAUUCCAGUUAGCGGGGGGUAAAGUGGCGGGAGACAUUUUCCAGGACAACGCUGUGCUGUCUAACCCCGUGGCAGGGCUGGUGGUGGGGAUCUUGGUGACUGUACUGGUCCAGAGCUCCUCCACCUCCACCUCCGUCAUUGUCAGUUUGGUGGCGUCUGGAUUGCUAGAAGUGAGAUCCGCUGUUCCAAUCAUCAUGGGCUCCAAUAUUGGGACUUCAGUCACAAACACUAUAGUUGCCAUGAUGCAAGCAGCAGAGAGGAGCGAGUUUCAACGGGCCUUUGCUGGUGCAACAAUCCAUGACUGCUUCAACUGGCUGUCUGUGCUUGCUCUGCUGCCGCUGGAGGUGGCGAGUGGUCUCAUAACCCGGCUGUCGCACCUGAUGGUCACCAGCUUCAGCCUUCAGCCUGGGGAGGAAGCCCCUGAGCUGCUUAAAGUCAUCACAGAGCCGGUUACAAAGCUCAUCAUACAGCUAGACAAGUGUGUAAUCACAGGGAUCGCCAUGGGAAAUGAGAACAUGAGGAACAGGAGCCUGGUGAAAGAAUGGUGCCAGACUGACCGUGUUAUGUCUGCUGGCAAUUUCAGCACUGAAAGCUGUGGCCCCACGCAUGGCUUGGUCCAAUCACCUUUGAAAUGUAGGCAUUUGUUUGUCUCUACUGGGCUUUCAGACCUCUCUGUUGGCCUUAUUCUCCUGGCAGGCUCCAUGGCUGUCCUCUGUACCUGCCUGCUGCUCCUAGUCAAGCUGCUCAACUCUCUUCUUAAAGGCCACGUGGCAAAGGUCAUCCACAAUGUCAUCAACACAGAUCUGCCAUAUCCGUUUGGGUGGCUGGCAGGAUACAUUGCCAUGUUUGUGGGGGCAGGGGUAACAUUUAUGGUCCAGAGUAGCUCUGUCUUCACUUCAGCUAUGACUCCCCUUGUAGGUAUCGGCGUUAUCAGUCUGGAGCGGGCCUAUCCUCUCACCCUCGGGUCCAACAUAGGCACCACGGCCACAGCUCUCCUGGCAGCUUUGGCCAGUCCAGGGAACAAGCUAGCGGCUGCCAUACAAAUUGCUCUAUGCCACCUCUUCUUCAACCUCUUUGGCAUUCUGCUAUGGUAUCCUCUCCCCUUCAUGCGUCUGCCAAUAAGGAUGGCACGUGUCUUGGGUGAGCGCACUGCCAAGUACCGUUGGUUUGCAGUCUUGUACCUUCUCCUGUGCUUCCUGCUCCUGCCCUCGCUGGUUCUGGGCCUGUCACUGGCAGGGUGGCAGGUAAUGGCAGGUGUCGGGGCUCCUUUCCUGGGUAUUACUAUCUUCGUCACCAUGGUAAACGUAAUGCAGGCACGCAGCCCAAGUUGCCUGCCUACCACACUUCAGACUUGGGACUUCUUGCCUCAGUGGAUGCGAUCUCUCAAACCAUUUGACCGCUUGAUUACCAAGGCGACAGUCUGUUGCACACGUGAGGAGGGGCAGGGACAUGAGGAGGAGAAGCAAAUCCCAAAAGAGACUAACUCUGUUGAAACAAAGAAGGAAGCUAACUUUAGAAAGACAGAGCAUGCUUAUGAUAACCCAGUCCUGGACUAUUUGGAUGAGAGCAGGCGAGGUGUAAGGGUUUUUAAGUUAAAAGGGUUAGAGAGAUGCAACAGCACUCCACUGUAGUCCAAGAUAAUAAUUCAUGAACAGAAAGAUCAUCUAGUGUACAUGUUCACAGUUCUCACUGUACUAUGCACAAUAAGAUCAUCUUCAUCAUUUGCAGACUUCAUCUCAUUAUAAAGUUUAAUAUGUUUCACAAAACGCUGUUUUUAGUUAACUUGUGUUCUCAGGAUCAAAACUGAACAACAUGAUGAACAUGUUGUGAGUAAAAUAAAGCAUAAUUGUGAUGCCUCCA